CAAAAAAAUUACAGCCAAGCUAGUUCGGGCAGUCUUAGCGACAGUGCAAGCUUAUAGGAAAGCGAACAGCAGCAUUUCAGACAAUGCCUGUCAUUCCCCCAGAAAAACUCGUCUCCUUACAAAAGGAUAACGCGAGAGUACGGAAUUUUACCCUUCUGGCUCACGUGGACCAUGGAAAAACAACACUAGCUGAUAGUUUACUUGCAUCUAAUGGUAUCAUAUCCAACAAACUUGCAGGAACAGUCAGGUUUCUGGACUUCCGUGAAGAUGAAAUUAUUCGUGGUAUUACCAUGAAAUCAAGUGCUGUUUCACUGUACUUCAAUGUAAUUAGCAAGUCUGCCACCGGAGUUACCGAAAACAACUAUUUAAUUAAUCUAAUUGACUCACCCGGUCAUGUGGACUUUAGUUCUGAAGUAUCUUCAGCAUCUCGGCUCUGUGAUGGAGCUUUUAUUCUAGUUGACGCUGUCGAAGGAGUCUGUAGUCAAACGGUUACUGUUCUUCGUCAGGCUUGGAUCGACAAACUCAAAAUGGUUUUAGUUAUAAACAAGCUCGAUCGCUUAAUAACUGAGUUAAAGCUUACGACUCUGGAAGCUCAUUACCAUUUGAUGCGUCUUGUCGAGCAAGUGAACGCGGUCAUUGGUACCUUCUAUACAGGUGAAUUAAUGAAUGUGAAAGAUGGAGAAGAAGCCGUCAGCGAUGAAGACAUUUAUUUUGUUCCAGAAAAAGGAAAUGUGAUUUUUGCUAGUGCUUACGAUGGUUGGGCUUUCUAUCUUGAUCAAUUUUCGGAAAUGUAUGAAACCAAAGUUGGUUUUAAGAGGGGUGCUUUGACAAAAUUCCUUUGGGGAGACUAUUAUUUGGAUCCCAAAACAAAGCGCGUACUUACUCACAAGCAACUUCAGGGAAAAAGACUAAAGCCCAUGUUUGUCCAGUUUGUGUUGGAAAACAUUUGGGCAAUUUACGAUUGUGCUAUUUUAAACCGCAACUUGGAGCGUGUUGAAAAGGUCAUCAAAUCUUUAGGCGUCAAAGUUCUCCCUAGAGACGUAAAGUCUAAAGACCCUCGUAAUCUCCUGCUUUCUAUUUUUCAACAAUGGUUACCUAUUGCGAAGGCCGUUUUGUUGACGGCCAUUGCAAAAGUUCCUUCUCCUAUCAGAUCUCAAAAGGAGCGUGUACCUUCCAUUCUCGCGUCUACACCUCAUUCUGAGUGCGUAGAGGAGGGUGUUGUUACUGCAAUGACUGCAUGCUCUAAUACGUCUGAAGCGCCAGUUGUUGCUUAUAUCAGUAAAAUGAUUGCUGUUUCGAAAAAAGACCUUCCACAGGAACGAGCACCACAAUUAUCGGCGGAAGAAAUGCGAAGAAUACCUCGAAAGAAUAUUAAAAAGGUGGAUGAGCUUUCGGAUUCCAUGACGGUGUUGAAGAUUGACGGUGACGCUUCGUCCGCAUCUUCUUCUACGGAUUUUGUUCAGGAUUUGGACACGAAUAUUGAAACAGAGGAAACACCUAAAAAGGAUGAAGACGAAGAUGUAUUGAUUGGAUUUGCUCGUAUCUUCAGCGGAACUAUUAAAGUCGGCCAAAAGUUAUAUGUGCUGGGUCCCAAAUUUGACCCGGCCAAUCCUACUGAGCAUGUUCAGGAAAUAGUCGUUAAAGCACUUUACUUGAUGAUGGGUCGUGAGUUGGUCGCUUUAAGUGAAGUUCCGGCUGGUAACGUUUUUGCCAUUGGUGGACUGGAAAACGCAGUUUUACGUACUGCUACUUUGUGCUCGAGCAUUCGGGGUCCUAAUCUUGUCGGCGUCACCACAGCUUCUGAACCUAUUGUUCGUGUGGCCGUUGAACCUGUGCAUCCUGCUGAACUGCCGAAACUUGUUACAGGUCUCGAAAUGCUUAAUCAGGCUGAUCCUUGUGUACAAAUUGAAGUUGAACACAAUGGUGAACACGUUAUUAAGGCAGCCGGUGAGCUUCAUUUGGAACGUUGUUUGAAGGAUUUACGUGAACGUUUCGCAAAAAUUGAUAUUCAGUCUUCCCGUCCCAUUGUUCCAUUCCGUGAAACUACAAUUGCUGUACCGGAUAUGAAACCUCUCAAAGAUAAAGAUAUGGCACGUGGUGAUGUUAAUGUCACCAUCAUGUCUGGUCUAAUUCAGUUACGAAUUUCCGUAACGCCUCUUCCUCAAGCGGUCACAAGUUUCCUUGAAAACAACGAGUCCACUAUUACGUUGAUUUCUCGAAUCAUAAAUCGUAGAACUCACGACAAAGACGAAGAACGUCUAAUUUUGGAAUUCCGCGAAAAGUUUUUUGAUGUUGUUAAGGAUAUCCCCAAAGAGAAGUUAUAUUGGGAGAAAUAUUUUAACAACAUACUGUCAUUUGGUCCCAAGCGUGUUGGAUCAAACAUUCUUGUGGACGAGACUCAAAUUUUAAAGUUACCAAAGGCUGGAGACAAUAAUGAGCUACUCGCCCCCAUUGAUAUUGUUGAGUAUGUUAAUACCGCGUUCCAGUUAACUACUCAACAAGGACCUCUCUGUGCUGAACCGGUGUGUGGGCUUCGCGUUUCUGUGAAGCGCGUUGACAUCAACAAUGAGGAAAUUGCCGCUAAGAGCUUGUCUAGUGUUUCCGGCCAAUUACCAGGUCAAGUCAUUUCUAAUGUGCGUGACGCUAUUAAGGAAGGAUUUAUGGCAUGGUCACCUCGUUUGCUGCUUGCCAUGUAUUCCUGCGAUAUUCAAGCAACAACGGAGGUGCUCGGCAGAGUUUAUGGCGUCGUAGCCAAACGAAGAGGAAAAAUUGUUUCAGAAGAAAUGAAGGAAGGAACGCCUUUUUUUAUUACGACAGCCAUUAUACCUGUUGUCGAGUCUUUUGGUUUUGCUGAUGACAUUCUUAAACGAACCUCUGGAGCUGCAAGUCCACAGCUUUUGUUCCAUGGAUUCGAAAUGCUGGACGAGGAUCCAUUUUGGGUUCCCACCACUGAAGAGGAACUUGAGGAUCUUGGUGAGCUUGCGGAUAAGGAAAAUAUUGCUAAAAAGUACAUGCUUGAUGUUCGACGCCGUAAGGGUUUGCUUGUGGAACAAAAAAUUGUCAAAUCUGCUGAGAAGCAGCGUACUUUGAAGCAUUAAGUACUAAAAAAGUUCACGAAGAUACUGAUGUGUUCUAGUUACAUAAUAGGAGUAUGUUAGAAGGGAAUUGGAGUAGUAUAUAUCAUGAUAUUUAAGAGCCUAAUAAUCCAUAGUUUUAAAACUACCAACA